CAGUUGUCCAGUGCGGAAGCAAACGCGUGUUGAGUGGCUAUGGGCAGACAAGGCAACGACUUCUAUCGCAAACGGCCACCAUUCAUAUGGUUUGGGUAUACCUUGUUGCAGUCUAGUAGGCCUUUAGAUUUUUUUUUUUCGGGAAAAAGUUCCUGUCUCUACGCGGCAUCAGCAUUGGUUUCGAUUGGUGGCAACUGUUGGUGACCCUGAAGACUUGAAGAAAUGGCGUCUGCAUGUUUACUAUCAAACGUCAUAUUCGGGUCUUUGUGAAAGCUCCAUAUGUUUUUAGUAUUUUAUGAAUGUUGAUUUAGACUUUCAUAAAUUCUUUUAAUCACUAACCUAAUUUUAUCUUUGUUUCAGUUUCUCUAUCUUACUUCCUUUGUUAUUUUAGCAUCUUUAAAGGGCUGGGGUCAUGUGUAAAUAGAUUACAUUGUGAGAUUACCGGGCUGUUUUUGAUAAGGGACUGAGGCGUGGUUGCCUUGUUCUUGAACAUGUUUUUAUGGUGAGCGGGCCACGGGAGUCAUGUCGAAGCUGGUCCUGAACGGCGACCCCGACGCGCGGGAGACGGGCCGCGCCAAGCCGUGCAGCGCCCCCUGCGUGAGGUUCGUGCUGCGCAGCGUGGCGCUCAUCCUGCUGUACUUCUCGCUGUCCGUCGGCCUCACCUUCUACCAGCGGCUCUUCCUCAAGGACUUCCACUUCCCGCUGUCGGUGGUGCUGGUGCACCUGGUGCUGAAGCUGCUGCUGGCGUGGCUGUACCGCGUGGCGUGGGCCUGCUACUCGGGCCAGAGCCGCGUGGCCCUCUCCUGGGACAACUUCCUGGCCCGGCUGGGCCCCGCGGGCGUCGCCAGCGGCCUGGACGUCGCCUUCUCCAACUGGGGGCUGGAGCUCAACCAGAUAUCCCUGUACACCAUGACAAAAUCCACGUCUGUGAUCUUCAUUCUUGGAUUCUCCAUUCUCUUCAAGCUAGAGAAAAAGUCGUGGUCCCUGGUGCUGAUUGUCCUGAUGAUCGCCGCGGGGCUGUUCCUGUUCACGUACAAGGCCACGCAGUUCGACACCGUGGGGUUCAUCCUGGUCCUGAUGGCGUCGCUCAUGAGCGGCGUGCGGUGGACCCUGGCCCAGCUCGUCAUGCAGAAGUCGAAGCUGGGACUGCACAACCCCCUCGACAUGAUCUUCUUCGUGCAGCCGUGGAUGAUCGUGGGCGUGCUGCCCUUCGCCGUGGCGUUCGAAGGGCGCAGCGUGGUGGACAACCUGUUCCUGUACCGCGCGGAGAGCUCGUCGCUGGCCGCGCACAUCGUGCUGACGACGGUGGGCGGGGCGCUGCUGGCCUUCGCCAUGGAGGUGUCGGAGUUCCUGGUGGUGGGGCAGACCUCCAGCCUCACGCUGUCCAUCGCCUGCGUCUUCAAGGAGGCGGUGACGGUGGUGCUGGCCGUGGAGUGGACGGGCGACCGCCUGAGCCCCGUCAACGUGCUGGGCCUGCUGGUGUGCCUGGGAGGCAUCCUGGUGCACGCGCGCCAGAAGGUGGUUCACGCGCGGGAGGCGGCGCGGCCCGGCGCGGUGAUGCGCGGCUCCGGCUCCGAGCUGAAGGCCCCGCUGCUCAGCGAGGAGGGGGGCCCGCCCUCGGAGCCCAGCGACGCGGACAGCGACGGGGACAGCUCGGCCGUGCUGCUCAGCGUGCUGCAGCACUGGGACAACGUGCGGUAGUCCCUCCCUCCCGACCUCCCGACCUCCCGGCACCACCAUCCAAACUGAACAGCGAUCUUUUGUUUUUAACACGUUCGUGAUAACAUAAAUUUUUUGGGAAAAAUAUUUCGAGACUAGCCGACGGUUAAAACACUGCACCAACUGCCCGCCUGCGUUCCGCGAUUGGGGAUGCUAGAACGCCACGAACCAGUAAGUCGUCACUGCGGAAGCAAAAAACGCAGACGGCCAGCGAUCAAAUCGAAAGGAUCAGCUUGCGUGUCCGGAACCUUGUUGCAGUCAGAAGGGCGGUUCGGAUUUCUCCACAAAAAUUGCUGCUCCUACCUAAAGGUCGUGUUUUUUUUUUUUUUUUUUUUUUUUACAAAUACUUGUUUGUGCUUUCAUGCAACCGGAAUAAUUUUUUUCAUUUUUAAUGGUUAUCAUUGUUAAAAAAACAAAAUUAUGAAGGAGGGAUGCUUUUAAAUUUUAAGAAAAAAAUUUUUGCAGUUAAGUCAAUUGUUUGCAGUUUGUCCCAUUAUCUUACUUCAGCCAUUCCGCUGUUCCCUUUGCUCUUGUUUAAAUAAAGUCCUUUUGUGCAUACAUAUUUUAUUGUACAAUCAUGUAUUUUAAGAUAAAUGUGAAUAGUUACACAAUGUGAUUUGCAACAGGUUUACUUCUCUUAGAUUACAAUGAAAUAUUUGUUAUUUCGUUGAGUAUUUGCUGGAAAGCUAUGUGUUUGUAUCCGCGUCAAGUUUGAAGAAAUAAUCUCAGACUUGGUGGUCUACGUUGCAUUCGACAUUGAUAAAGUUACAUUUAAUUAAUUUAGAUGUCUGUAGAUGCAUUAUGUUACCAGGGUUAGUUAGUCUCUGAAACAUUUUUCUCAUGCAGUUGCAACACUCUCACGAACUCAAAAAGAGUUGCAAUAGACAGGAAAGACCAAAUUUGUAUAUUCUCAUCUGCGUCGACAAUGCGCAGGAGUAGAUAGAUACACACAAAUGUUGCAAUUGCUGUACUUAACGUAAUAAACCAAUUAGUAAUUGAAUCUGUGGAUGGUAAAGUUGUGUUGGUGCGCCUCUAGCAAUCAGUAUUUUAAAACUGAAGUUGAAUGCUUGCAUGGAACUUUUUCUACAAACACUUAAAAAAGGAAUGAUAAUGCUGGUUUCCUUUUGGAAUUUUUAAAUGUGACGAUACCAGUAUUUUUUGACACUCAAUACUUCACCGUUGUUUAAGAAAAGAAUUACAUGAAAUGUAAUGUCUCGCAAUUGGCAAUAGUGAUGAUAAAUUUCACUAGUUAUUUUUAUUGUGAGUGCAAACUCCCUAAACAAACUGUGACACUAAAAUAAUUUGCUGAAAUUUUUUUUUGUACAUGAAAGUGUAGGUAUUUGUUGUGUACAUUCUCGAAACAAUUUCUUUGACGGUAGUUGAAUACUGAGGUGUUGGUAUCAGUGCUUGCCUGUAGUUGUAUAUGUGUGUACAAAAUGCCACACCACUUGUGACCAUGUUAUUUUCCAAAACACCAGUUUCGGUGGAAAAGAGUUUUAUAUUAAUAUUUGGAAUUGUGUUUAUGUUGUUUGAAUUAUGUUUAAAUUGCUAAUUUAUUGUUAUGUAAAUAUAAAUGUUUACAUGGCUGUUUUAAUAGAAGUAGGUCUUUGCGAAUCCAGUUUGAAUGCAAAUAUCAAAUUUAAGUAGUAAGAGAAGGAAAAUUUUUUCAUCCAAUUUUUUUUUUUGUGACAGUUUAAAAACCUUUAGGGGUGUUCGAAGUUCACUUUUCUAGGGUCGAAGUAGAAGUUCAAUUCUGAAUCUUCAAACUUCCGAAGUCCAAAGUAAAAGUUAUAACUUUUCACAAGAAUAAUUGUAGUUUUUUCUCAGUCUGAUAGCUGUAAUUUAAUAAAAAAAGUUUUUAAACAAACAUCUUUAUAUUAGUACACAAUGGUUAAGUAAAAAUGUAUGUAACUGGAUUAUUUUGAUUAAAAUGUUAAGAGUAUUUACAAGAAAUCAAACACAAGAGGUUGAUAUUUCUAACUGGAAGGUGCUGAUUAUUUACAGUUUAGUUUAAGAUGUAGGCAUACUUCUGGAGUCAUCCCUGGCAUAUCAGAAAUUUCUUACUGAAUUUACUACCAGUGAAAUAUUAAAGAAAUGUUUUGAAAUCAGUUUUACAAACAUUUUUAAGAGUUCUGAUAAUAUAUAGAACAUUGUGUCUGAAUUAUUAGGUACCUGAUUAAAAUAGUGCCUUUUAAUAUUAAAUUAUUUUGAAGAAUAAACAUAACUCGCAUGAGAGAGUUUUCAGAACCUUUUUGUAAGUUUUGCAGAUAAAAAGUUUUUUUUUAUCUUCACUUCUGUCAAAGAAUAAAUAUAUUACAUUCGCUGGAGUACUUUGAGACGGUUUGCUUGUAGUACUGGCAAUAGGAUAGCCUUCCUCAUGGUCACGCUUGUGGUAACCGAUAUCACGUCCGUUAAUUCUAGUUAUUCACAUGAACAUAAUCAGAUUAAUACUGCGGGAAGUAUGGAUCAAUAUUUCACUUAUCAGGUGCAAAACUAUCAAUGCCAUGUCUCGUGUACAAUGUAUGUACAUAUGACAAAAAAAACUCCUGUCAUCCCGUGAGUUUCGAUGCUGAACAAAUAUUGUGUUUGAACUGUUCAUUGGUGCAAACAGAAAUUCUGUGACAUUGUUUACUUGCCAAAAACCAACAUCAGCGGCAGAAAUAUGUACGUUAAUACGUCAAAAAAACACAUUUUAAAGGAUUUAGCAUAAUGUUUCAUUGUGCAAAGAAACAACAAGGGAACAGGAAAUAGCAGAGUUGUUAAAGCUAAACCGGUGGAUAAACUGUAAUCCAAUUGUUUUUUUUUUUUUUUCAAAGUUGAAAACAAGCAAACAAUAAGCAGUUUGCAACCACUGAAAUAAAAAAAAAAACAUUUGUAAGAAAAACUAAGUUAGUUUACCUUCAAUUUUGUGUUUGAUUUGUUGUAAAUAUUCUAAAUAAACUGUUAUGAAAUACAGUUUUAUGGACAUUCUGUAUUAUGAAAAUGAUGAAAAAAAGGUUUUUGCUUCUUAAUGAAUUUCACAAUGGAGAAUAUAAUUAUAAGUAUUUGUAUUAAAAUUUGUAAAUAUAUAUAUAUUUUUUUUAUUUGUUGUAACGUGCCCACUGACAGACAUGUCUUUUACCGUGGGCAUGACACAUGGAUAAUUACAAGGUUGUCACCCGUUGAAGCGGGAAAGCUGCACACGGCCACACAUCAUCUGAACAAAAGAUAGUGCGUGGAGUCGCUCCGUGUGGAAGAAGUGAAACUUCGUAAUGUGGAAAUGAAAAUAGGAAUGGGUAGAAAUUGAUUUUUAGUGAAAUCAUAUUGUAUCAAAUCAAACUAAAAUAAAUCAUGAAAUCAUUCAACGAUAAAAGCCGCUUACUUAAUCAAGCGGACGGGUUCGCCCCAAGGAGAAAAUUGACGCGGCGAGACCUCGUGGACAUAGAGAAAUGACACACACUCACUAUUUAUGUGUCUAUGAAACACACAUUCACUCUCUUCUCUGUCUGUUUCUAUUCCCCCUCCCCAGGAGCGUUAAACGUUUAACGCAACCUUGUUGGAAGUCGCAUUAGAAGUUUCACUUAAAAAAAAAACGGAUAUUCGCACAGACCUAGCAGAUAGCUCAUCAUCCCGGGGACGCAGUAUGGGACGUGCAGAGAUGUUAGCGUCCCGAGAGCUCUUAUUCACUAGUCCGUGUCACUAGAUGCUUAAAGGAGUGCCGUUCAAGCUACAGAAUCGAGUGUUCGCAGUUUGCAACUAAAAGGCUAACUAUAGUACAAAGUAGACACCUGCGAGUACUCGAAAUUCGAGUUUCGAGUCGAGUUUUUUAGUAAUACUCGAACUCGAGCUCGUGGCUUUUCAACAACUCGAAAUUCGAGCGAGCUUUUCUUGCACUGUAGCUAUAAAAAAAAAAGACUCUCAUUAUAUCGGAAUAAAAGUCUUACAACACUAUUAUCCUUUACUUUAUAAUGUAACAUGAUCGACCGUUUACAUGAACACAUCAUUUUUACGUACCCGGGAUUUACGAAUUUCCGUGAUUAAUUUUUUUUACUUCUUUAAUUUUCCGCAUAGCAUUAAUGUAUCACUUUCCUGCUUUAUGCGGAAGUAUUUCCCGCUUUAUGCGGAAACAUUUCCCGCAUUUUACUGUAAAAAGCGUUUAAAUUGUCCGGGGUCUCAUCAUUUACGCCAUUAAAUGUGUGAUAUAAAGUCCCGUUUAAAAUUUUUAUGAAAGUUCCUGCCAGUUAUGGCGCACGUAAAUAUAAAUAUGAAGAAAAGACAAAUGAACAACAACUUACGAAGAAAUAUGGAUGAUGUACCAUAACUACAGUACAAUUCCAAUAGUUAUCUUAAGAUAAUUACCAUAAAAAGAACAAGAUUCUUUGUAGAUACCAUAACUACUGCAGAAGCAUGAUAGUUACCACAUUUGCACUAUAGUUACCGUAAUAACCGAGAUGUGUAUUUACCGUGAUGGUAAUGUAUUUAUUUAGGACAUAUUAAAAUUAAAGAACAUUAUUGAAAAAAAAAAGAUGUUAAAUCUUGAUUUGUACGGUUGGCACAUGUUGCUAAGAAAUAAUGUGAUCUGAAAGAAUGCAGUACUACUACGAAAAGUGAAAGGGGUACUCGUGGAUUUUUAGGUUAUGGCAGUCUCUUUCGUUUUUCAGUAAUAUCGGCCGAAAAUUAACAAGAGUAUUGGAAGUUGGCAGAAAUGCCGAUUCAACUAAAUAUUGGCAAAAUCGGCUUCUUCAGUACAGCUCUACAUUUGAUGAUAUGAGUAAACAUAUUUCAGACUACAGGACAUUGAAAAAGACUUUAAUUUCCAUGUAGGUUUAUUGUGCGUAAGUUUUUUUUGCAUGUGUAAAUUGAAUUAAGUAAAAUGCUUCUAUUUUUAUUACUUUAAAUUGAUUAAACUUAAUGACAAGUUACAGAUAUUUGACACUAAUUUUGAGGUUAAACAAUUUGGUAAAUAUGUAGAGUAACGGUAUAUGCGAAAAAAAAAAUGCUAAAAAUCCGAAAAUACUUUUAUUCUAUGCUCUUUCACUUCCUCUUUUCAAAUCAACCGGCGGAGAUAAGAAAUUCCAAAUACUUUAGGAGAUAUCCAAUUUUUUAAUUUUGAACAUGUAGAGUAGCAGUAUUUGCGAAAAAAAAAUUCUAAAAAUCCGAAAUUACUUUUAUUAUAUGCUAUUUCACUUCCUCUUUUCAUUAAAACCGGCGGAGAUAAGAAAUUCCAAAUACUUUAGGAGAUAUAGAAUUUUUUAAUUUUGCAAUACAACACCUGUACAACCAUUAGACUGACGCCAUUUUUGUUAAUUUGCCGUGUGUUCGUGAAUGCGUAAUAAAUAAAAUUGUCGAUUAGGUCAGGUCAGUUACAUUAUUAAUACUUUCAAACUAAGCAGACAUAAAAAAUAAUGUGAAUUAAUUUCAAUGGUUCUUUAGUUUUAAAGUAUUUAUAAUGUAACUGACCUGACCUAACAAACCCGGACAAAUGAUGAACAUUAACAACUCACGUAAAAUAUUUUUGUUACUUAUUACUUGCGCAACAAUAUCCAAAUAAAUAAGACUUUAAAAUUAGAAACGUUAAAAACCCACCUAAGUUGGAGGCGGGUACAUUUCCUUUGCCAUUAGAAGGAAAUGAUGUAGUCGUUCACCUACGUUGCGAUACCUCCGACGGAACAUUAAUAAAUAAAUAAAUAAUCACGUAUUGGUUCAUUUGAAUACUGGCCAAUCACGGAACUGUCACGUGACAAAAUUGUCCAAUAAGAAACAUAAUAGAUACUCGUAAACCAGAAACAAUGUUGAUCGCCGCAUGAAUACCCAGGUAUUGUGAUGAAAAUUAAAAAAUUCAAUAUUCCUAAAGUAUUUGGAAUUUCUUAUCUCCGCCGGUUGAUUUGAAAAGAGGAAGUGAAAGAGCAUAGAAUAAAAGUAUUUUCGGAAUUUUAGCAUUUUUUUCCCGCUUAUACCGCGACUCUACAUAUUUACCAAGAAUUUUACUAAAGCAUUCCAGCCACACAGGUUGCCAGCGAGAGACGCUUCUCUUCUGCUGUAAACACCAUCUCUAAUCGUAGAGCUAAUUUAACUCCUGAACGUGCAGAACAAAUUAUUUUUCUGCAUGAUAGAUUGAAGAACAGAAUUUAAUACUCUAUGACAAUCUCUCUCAGAAUUUUUGUGCCGAAAAGUGGAAAUGUUGAAACAAUGUGAAUGUACUUUUCAAACAACAUGAUUUUUGGUGCUCAGUUAGUUGAAGCUCAGUAAGGACUCCAGAAAAAUUGACAAGGAUGAAAUUAUUCCAAAGAUAUGUUACAUUUACACAAACAUAUACGUACUUGUAAACUGUGGUUAUGUUAGUUGGAUGAUAUCAGUUACUAAUGAACCAAUGGAAACAGGUUAGAUUCAAUGGAAAACAUGUUUUUUUUUCCUAGCAGUGCAAAUUAUAAAAGCACUCUGUAAAUAGUUACCCAAAAUUAAUAAGCCCACUUCAUUUUAAUACUUUAUUCAAACAUUAUACCUACUAAGUUUAAGGUAAAAAUAAUUUCCCAAAAGUGUAACUGUAUCACAAAAGCUCAAGCUUCGAGAACUUUCAAGUAGGCUCGCUCGAGCUUGGCUCAAAGUAAAAUUCUUAGGCUCGCAGACCUUUAAUGUAGGUCUAUCUAUUUAGUAGGCUAACAAUGAUAAUGGUUUCUUUUUUUAUUUCCAUAUUUUUCUCAAAAGUUCUCACAUUUUAUUACUUCAUCACAGUAAAUUUAUGUGCAAUAAACUUAAAAAAAAAACUCGAACUCGACUCGAUACUCGCGAGUAUUUUAGCAAACUCGCUCGAGCUCGACUUGAAGUGAAAAUCUUCUGCUCGCAGACGCCUAGUACAAAGUGUAGCUCGAAAUGUGGCACAUUUAGGGGAAGAAUGUGUAUUAUUUGUUGUGUAACAUCUUUGAAUAUUUAAAGAGAAUGUUUUAAUUUAGUGAUUUAGAAGUAGCUUUUAUCUUCAUUACAUGUGCAAGUUUUUUUUUUAGAUAGUUUUAAUAUGGUUAUGGUAAUAAUUCAAGUACAUGCAACCUGACAGAUAGAUAACCUCAGGUCUGCAUGUUUAUAACCAUAACACAAGCUGUAGUUUUUCAAUGUUUUUCUUUUGUGCCUGAGUUUGUGAAUAUUUACACCUGCUUUCAUAUAUUAUUGUUCCUAGCUUAAUUUAAUGAAAUAAUGGUGAUAAAAAAAAUCAUUGUGAUAUAUUUAUAUGCAUUGUAAACAACUUGUGCAUUUUCAUGUGUUUUUAUUCAUGACAUUCUAAACAAAGGAGAAAAUGUCACGUAUACGUAUACCAGAUACACAUUCCUGUAGUGAACGUGUUGUGAAAUGUUUUAACAUCACAAUUUUACUACUGUUUGUACUGAAUACUGCAUUUACGUUCAUGGAAAUACUAAAUGUCGUACCUGUGUCUGUACGAAUGCCACACAGAAAGGUUUCAGCAUUGUUCAGUUCCAAAUAAUGGUGGGCAUUUACCUAAUUAGAAAAAUACUUGGUUUGUGAAGUUGAUUUUAUGGUUUUUCUUUGGUAUUGUUUUAUGGGUAGAAACAUGAUUUUACGGUGAAUUGCAGUGAAACCAAAGUAACACCGACACCUCAUAACAAUGAAAUGCAAGUUAGCACACCUUACAAUACCAAAACCAUGAAACCAACUAAAACCGUGAAAAAAUAAGCAUUUUAACAGAAUGUAAAUUGCAACACACAAAAUAAAAUUGUAUAAAAAAAAUUACUGAAUGGAUAUAAAACAAUUUUACUUAAACAUAUCUCUUGCUAACUUACUUUUACAUUUUUGACAUAUUUUUCAAACUUACCAAAAAUACUUGCCCAAUAAUUUUUCAUUUUUGAGUUACUCUGUUCCACACGUUCUUAUUGCGAAUUAUUUUAUUGUAUAAUGCAUCAUGUAUCAUUGUGAAAAGGGCAAUUGUUUUGUGAAAUAAGUUUUAAGAAACAUUAGUGUUAUGCUUAAAUAAUACACUAUCUUUAUGAAUUUAUAAACACAAAUAAUAACAAUGACACCAAACACCUACCAUUUUUUUAAAUUGGCCUUACAAUAAAACCAUAGAUGGGAAACAACUUCACGUUCCCACACUACGUAAACUGUUCACACCAGAGCUUGAAGAGCGUAAAUAAGCAUACCUUGCUGUUCACUACUGUGAAGCUAGUCCCAGGUGUUUUAGCGACGCACAUUCAGUAUUUCCGUGUACCUGCAGUGUUUUAUAUUUUAGAAGCUGUGAUGUGGCGUAUGUACCUGUUGUGUGUUCAUCUGAACCAAAUAAAUAUGACGUACUAGUUGCA